AUGUCGCAAAGCUAUCACAGACCAAGACCAAGCGGAAUGGCUGGUAAGGAAAUCUCUAGGGGCCUAGGAGUCUGAUCAAAGAAUUAAAAUUCGAAAAAAUUGGAUCAAACGUAAAAUUUUCUGGGGGUUUAAAUGAACAAGUUCGAUUUUUAGAUGGGAUUCAGAACCCUCGAAGAAUCAUCGAUAUAUGUUUAUUUUUCAGGUGCCAUUCUCGAUAAACAAGCUAGCAAAUUCAACGAUAUUGAGGCGGGUUAUCUUCUUGAGUGGAUUCGAGAUUUAAUCAAAGAAGAUGUCGAUGUUGAAGGAUCACGUGAUAAUUUUAGAGAACAACUAAAAGAUGGACAAAGAUUGUGCAAGUAAGUAAACAGUUUAAACAUAUUUGAGGUUUGAUCAUCUUACAUUUUUGAGCUUGUGUAAUUUAGAAAAAAUAAUUUUGAACACUUUUUUAUAGAUUAGUAAACGCAAUUCAAGCUGGAAGUGUGAAAAAGAUCAUGAAACCAAUUUCGAAUUUCAACUGUUUGGAAAACAUCAAUCAAUUCACCGGAGCUGCUCGCAAACUUGGAGUUAAAGACGAGGAAACUUUCCAAUCUGUAGAUCUUUUCGAUGGCCGCGAUUUGUUUUCGGUUACUGUAACUCUGCAAAGUCUCGCGAGAAAAGUGGAGAAACUUGGAGUUGCUCCACCAAAACAAGUUGCCAAGGAUCAAAUUGUCAAUAUUUAA